CACUUGUCUUAUGCCUGUUGACAUUGGUCAAGAAGCACUUGAUCAAUAUUUUGAUAACAUAUUAAAUGUAGCUCCAGCAGAAAGCAACACUCCUGUCAAGAUCAUUCAAAUGAAGCAAAAUGUUUCCUGGUGUUGUUUCCGACUGGAUCUGCAACGUACCACGACAGCAGACUUUGUGCCGUUAUUUUAAUAACCGUAUUUUAAAUGCUGAUGGUAGAUUUGCACAAAAUGUUGAUUACAUCUUCUUUGCUCAGUACAUGUCUGAGGUUGAAAAGGUUGUGUCAAGUGUAUCAAUAGCAUUACGAAAGGGAAAAGGAGGGCAAUUUAAAAAUGUAACCACAAGUGUUUUAAAUGAUGAAGAACAGUUUAAGCAGUUGUUGCAGUUUGAUGAUGGGUAUCGCUUUCUCAAACCUAUUAGAGGUACCCCCGAUAAUGAUGAUAAGUUCCAUAAGAUGAUUUAUGUUAAGUUUGAUGAUCAUCAAGUUGGGACAAAAAGGAGGAGUUGCUGUGCAUUUACCUCUGCUGUUGAAACAGGUUCCACAGGCAUUGAACCAGAAGAGGAAAGGGUGACUAAACAUGGUGGAUUGCGCCGGCAAUUUCCGCUAAAGCUUUAUCCCAUAAAGUCCAAGGACUUACUGUGGAUAAAGAAAAUCUUUGCAGCUGGUCAAGCAUAUGUGGCUUUAAGUCGAGUUAGAAGUUUGUCGGGUUUAGUUAUUCAGAAUUUUGACGAGAAAGCCAUAUAUUGCAAAGAUAACAUUGAGGAUGCAAUUGCAACAAUGCCUCCCUUCUUGGUCACAAAUAUUACAGCUUGUAAUUUUACUACACCACCAUUUAAUGUGUUUUUGAUGAAUGUGCAAAAUUUGACUCCACAUGUAACUGAUUUGGCUUUGUGUACACAGCAUCUGCAGCUUAACUGUAUUGCUGUUACUGAAACAUGGCUGCCUGCAGUUUACUCAUUGGAAACUGUUAAAAUGGAUGGUUAUGCUUUUCACAAUCAUCCAAGAAGUUUGCCCUACAAUAGCAGCAACCCCUUAUUCAAACAAAUUCGAGACCAACAACAUGGUGGAGUUGGCAUGUAUAGUGCAGAGAAUUUGGCAUACAGUAUUAUCCCGGUACCAAAUGUACAUUUAGAAUGUUUGGUUUACCACUGCCUGCACUACAAUAUAUUAAUCGCAGUUAUUUAUCGACCACCAUCAUACACCAUAACAUUGUUUAAAGAAAAUCUUGAAACAUUACUUAAUUGGCUAAAUCACCAAAGUACCACAAUUGCUGUCAUGGGAGAUUUCAAUGACAACAUUUUGAAAUCAUCAACUAUCUACAAGUUCAUGACUGACAAAGGGUUUAUCCAAAUUGUCAAACAAGCAACAACAGAAAAAGGCACAUUAAUUGAUCAUGUGUAUGUGAAAACAUCACAUUAUGAUGUACAGUCUGUUGUCUUGCCGACAUAUUUCAGUGACCAUGAAGGGAUUCUAUGUUCAUUUACAUCUAGGAGUUUAGAACAUGAUCAUGGAAAACUUGAAUAACUAUAAAAUGUGUUUUAUGAAAUCUCUUAAAUUAAUAUAAUGUGUACAUAAUAAUGUAUAUGUAUGAAUUUUGUUUUCAUAAUUUUUAAUAUUCAUGUAAUGUUUGUUCAAUUAAUUCUCUUGUACUAUUGUAUACUGUGUAUUAAUAUGUUGCAUGUUUUAUGAAUUGCCUUGUCUAAGCCUAUUAUGCAUGUUUACAAACAUGCAGGUGUUUCUUCAAUGAUUUAUCUUGUAUGAUUUUAUAAUGUAUAUGCAGUAAUGUGUUUGGUUUAUGAACUCUUUCUCAUAAUAAUUGGUAAUGUGAAUGUCAUAAUGUGUGUUUUAUGAAUUAUCUUAAUAUAAAUUGUAAUGAAUACUAAUAAAAGUUAUUGCAUGGUG